CGAUGACGUCAAGCCAUUUGUCUCAUAUAAAAGCGCAAGUUGAUGGAUAGAACUCUUUACAUUGCUUUUGCAAGAUGAUCAAAAUAAUAAUCUGCGUCAUUUUUAUUCUGCAUAUGCAUUUUGCAUGUGCUCAAGUCUUUGAAGAACCCAUUCCAAAUCCUCCUAUCAGACGCCCAAGACCUUCAGAUCCAGUUUCAAGUUUUCUGUCUGGACUUGGCAAUUUAUUUUUAGAUAUCGAUGAAACAUUUGCCAAACAAACCGCACCAAAAGUUAAUACCGAAGACAGAGUGAAAGAACAAAUGUAUGGAAGACCUCGUUCUGGAGCAAGUUAUUUCAAUAGAAUCAGAGAAAACUACAGAGAUGUUCAAAGAAGGUUAGGUGAAUCGUUGGGAAUACUAGAUAUACGUAUGUCUUCUGACUUGGGAUCAGUUGACGUUCAAAACCAAGGACAGGAAUCUUCAGUGGAUGUUUCUCUUCCUUUCUUACCCGUGAAGCUAGCCGUAAAUUCUAAUCGAGAUUCGAAAGCAUCUGAUAAAGUUAACGCUAUAAGAGAAUCUACAACAAUUGAACCUGAACAAAUAUCGCCUCGUUUUACAAGCAGCUUUAAACUCGGAAAUACUGAAAUUAAUCUGGAUUCGAAGUUGGAUCCAAUACAACCAUCGGAGUUAUUAAAAAACAUAGAAAAUCAAAUUAAAAAAGCUUUGAAAGAUAUAAGGAUAACAAAUGGUAAAAUCGAUCCUGCCCAAAUUGAAACCGAUAUUCAAGAAAAGAAAAUAGAUAAUGACCCCAAUUUAGAAAAUGAAUUGAAUUUGAACUCGAAGGAAUUUUCUUCCAGAUCUGGUAGCAAAUUUGAAAGUUCUGAAUCUUCUGUAGCAGAUGAAUCUGGUCCAGAGGGUAGAAUUCUCGGAGAUCUUCUAUAUUCAGAGUCUGCUUUCGACGAACUAACCAAACGUGUCAUGAAAGACGCUAAAUGGGUUAUAGAUCCCAAAGUAUUUCCAUCUAGAGUUGUAGAAAAGUUGAAACAACUUUCAGAUAGUGCUACUGAGAGCACGACCAGUGCCGAUAUUGUCAAAAGUAAGGUUCCAAAGAAAACAAAAGAUGCAACUAUUCCCAAGUUCCCACAAAAACAAGAUACAUCGAAACAAGAUUUUAAAAAACGAAAAUCCCUCAAGCCUUUGAGUAACGAUUUGGAAACGGUACUGAUUGAUGAGAAAAUAAGCUUCAUUCCUGAACAAGAUAACAAUUUGCAUUUUGACAUCCAGGAUAUUCAACGCCCAAAAGAUAGUAUCAUAUUGGCGUUUACGCCAGAAGGAGUGCCUCUUAAACUAAGAAUGGGACCCGAAGUUUUAAAUCCACUUAAAUUUUUACAUAAAGCUCUCAGUUCUUACGGUGUUUCUUUAAAUAUACCUGUGAUAUCCUACGAUGAUAUCGAGCCAGUUGGUCGAGAGAUCUUGCAAUUGGGCACUGGUAGCGGUGGAACCAUGACUCGAGCUCUCUACAUAGAUCUGUCCGAUUCAUUCCAAUUGGAAUCUCUUCUAAGGACCUUAAAAAGGACGAAAACGCUCCAGGAAAUGCAGAGUGAAGGAUCUGAUGAACACUUCUGAAAAGGAAUUCAAUUCAGAAUGUUUAUAUUACAAUGAAAGUUAUCGCCAUUUUUUUUAAAGUUUGUAAUUAUUUAUUAAAUGUUUGUUGAACAA